UACGAAGAAAAAGAGAGAGAAAACAAAACGGAAGUGAAGUCUCCUUAAUGGGCCUUUAAUUCAUACUAACCACACGAUCCCUAAACGCUUAUUAAUCUCGACCGUACGAUUUCUUACACGAAGGUCUCUCUGUCUCUCUUUCUCUUUAUUUUGUUUUUAGUAUUUCUUGGUCUUACUCGUAAGCGGCGCAAGGAAGAUUCCAUGCGCAACUUCCUUCUUCGAUUCCUUGCUCUCUUUCUCUCUCUCUCUCUCUCUGAUCGAUCACUACUAAACCUUUCUCGAUCGACGACGAUUAAAUCUGAUCAAUAUUGAAUCUUGAUUUCUGUGGUUUUUGUCUUUUCCGAUUUUGCUUCUACUCCACGUUGUUCGUUUGUUUUGGCUCCUCCACAUUAAUAAAAAUAAUAAUUUUGUUUUCUUCUCUCCGACGAUAUCAGCCACCACCACCACCACCACCAACUCCAGUUUGCGAUUUCACGAAAAAAAUUCUUGUCUUGUUCCCUUCGUAAUGAUGAAUAAUGGCUACAAGAACUGAGCUUAGAGAUGUUCUGAAACAGAGUCUAAGAGCGUCAGAGAUGACGGAUGCGAGGUUAAAUAAAGGAGGAACGUUAAAGGAAGAGUGUCAAACAAGUGGCACAAGCAGCGAGAUUCGUGUCAGAACGAAAGUUUCAAGCCGUAAUCGUGGAAAGGAAUGUGUCAAUGAGAGUUUGGAACACAAUGAUGAUGAGCUUGUUAAAUAUAUGUCCAAGUUGCCAGGUUAUCUCCAACGUAUAGACAGAGGUGAAGAAAGCGUACCACAGAGUAAUGUUUUGAAUGUUGGAGUCUUGGAUUGGGAACGUCUAGAGACAUGGAAGCGUGGUCGAGCUGAAAGAUCUAGUGGGAAAAGUGAGAGACAUGUGUCUAGUAGUAGUAUUGCUUCUACUUCAGGAGUAGUUGUUCCCAAUGAAUCUCGUAGGUACAAGAUUGAUGACCUGUUCCCCACUUUUUCAAAUCUCGGUAAAGUUAAAGUGUCCCGGGAUCUUCAACAUUCUUUGGGACCUGAGUUGGCUUCUAGGGAUUCAUUAAAUAAGCAGGAUAUAGCAGAAACUUGUAUCAAUAAGCCUUCUAGUAGAUAUCACAAAGGAGUGGAACAGAGGAAGAGCAGAAGAUCGCAUUCAAAUCUGGAAUCCACUUCAGGUUUGUUGUCAAAAAUGGGAAACUCUGUGGGAUCACUGGCCAUGAAUAAGAAGGAUACUCAGAAGAUACCAGGGGAGAGACAUGCACAAGAAAGAGCUACAGAAACUGGAAGACAUUGUGUUGACAAGAGGAUCAUUGGCGAUUCGAAAGCUGGUCUUACUUCUGAAAGGCAGGAGUACAGCGACAUUUUUCUCCUUCGUUCAAGAAGACAGUCCCGAAGCACUCUUUCCGGUGAGCCCCAGUAUCUUGAUGAUAACAUGAGUAGGGUAGCUAACGGUUUCAAUAGCUCUUUAGGAUUGAGAUCUCAAACUCCACGUUCCUGUCCACUCUCUAUCGACCUAGAGAGAUAUUCUGAAGAUGUGAUGUUGCCUCUUGGUACUGAUCAUUCAGGUAAAAAGGAACGGUUUGGUGGGAGAAGGCAUUCAAAGACAGCUUCGAGGAUAUUUGAUCAAGAAAUACGUGAAGUUGAAUCCAGAAAGGAGAGACACCAUUCACCAAGCAAGCGGUUUAGUUUUAGCUUCGGUCGUCUCAGCAGAAGUUUCAGCGUGAAAGAAGAUUCAGCUGUCCAACCAUUGAGUUCUUCUGAAGAUACCAUCAAGUCUUGCUCUAUGAGAUUCGAUGGUUCAGUCUGUCAAUCUCAGUCAAGUAACUCGGAGAACCAGAACACUCACUGCAGAUCAUCUCGAGUUAGUCCUUUAAGACGGCUUCUUGACCCUUUACGGAAACCCAAAGGCUCUGAGAAUGUUCUUUCAGCGAAAGCAAGAUCAAGUUCUUCCAAUUCAAACCCAACCAAGAGCGACACAUCGAGAACCAGAGCUCUUUUUCAGCUAACGAUCAGAAACGGCAUACCUCUGUUUCAGUUUGUGGUCGAUGAUAACAACAGCAAAACCAGGAGCAUUCUUGGGGGUUCAAUGAAAAGCUCAUCGUUCAAAGAUGAUUCUGUUCAGUACUGCACAUUCUACUCGGUUAAUGAAGUCAAGAAGAAGAAAAGCGGAAGCUGGCUAAUCCAUGGACACAAAGAGAAACACUGCGGGUUUGUCUACAAUGUAAUCGGUCAAAUGCGGUUGAGCAACUCCAUGAGCUCAGAUUUAACCGAGCAGAACUUCAAAAACAUAUCUCCUGUUAUUAGGGAAUCAGUUCUGUUUUAUGAGUCAGAGCAAGUAAAAGGGAGAAAAGAGGUUGCAGCUGUGGUGAUAAAAAAGAAGCUGGUCGAAGAAAAUUGUACUGGCCUCGAUGAAACGAGUGUGAUCAUUCCAGGUGGCGUUCACACUUUCCCGGAGAAAGGAGCACCAUCACCGUUGAUUAGCCGGUGGAGAUCUGGAGGGGUAUGCGACUGCGGUGGCUGGGAUGUUGGAUGUAAACUCCAUGUUCUCUCUAACAAAUCACCCCUCCAUGAGUUCAACCAAAGCUUCAAACUGUUCGAUCAGGAAGGAAACGAACAAGAGUCAGGUCCGGCUUUGGCGAUGACGGAGCUGAAGACAGGGAUCUACAGUGUGGAGUUUGGUUCGUUUGUAUCACCGUUGCAAGCUUUUUUUGUGUGCGUCACGGUCAUAACAUGUGCUGCCGAGGCAAAAACCACCCUGAAAGCUUCAUCUCCUUUGGCUCCGCCUCUAUCUCCUAUUAGUAGAGUCUAAACUCAGGACACAAACAGAGUAUCUAAUAUGAUUGAUUUAGUCUCGUCAUAGUUGCCCAACUUGUACUUCUUGUUUUAUCUCGGGGAAAGAAAAAAAAAAAGAGUCAAAAUCACAGAGAAUACUUACCACUCACUAGAUUCAUGGUGAAAUAUUUAUGUAAUGUUCCAAUUGUUUUGUAGAUCGUAAGUGAGUUUAGGCAA